AUGGCACCCAAGGCUAAGGCUAUGAAGAAAGCGGCUGCGAAGCCGAAAGGGAAGGUGGGGAAGGUGCACGCGAAGGCUGCCGCCCCCGCGGCGAUCAAGAAGAAGAAGGCGCAAACUAUUUGCGCGAAAGAGCUGGCCCUACUGGAAGGGGCGGACGAUGAUGAUGAUGAUGAAGCUUCGCAGGAGGCGACUUUAGGACUGGGCAGCGCUAUUGGAUAAGGGGCGGGGGAGAAGGAGAGCGGCCUUCACCGUUCCUAGGCCUCCAACUCUGCCUUCCCCCGUAUUGAACUCUCUGUCACCAUGGGAAGCAUGGGCACGAGAGAACUGGCAAACAACGGGUGGGUGGGUGGGAUUUCUGAAAAAUUCAACUCCCCGGCCCCUCUUCCCCAAGGAAAAGGUCCAGCCGGUGGACCGUGCAGUAGCUUACCAGGGAUUUGCUAGCCCUUGAACCAAAACCGUCGCGUAUCGUCUCUUAGUCGAAAACGAUGCACCGGGGUGCAUCCAUAUUUCGACUCGUUCCUGCUGUUCCGUUAUCCACCCGUGCAAGCCCAUUGGAUAAGGGGCGGGGGAGAAGGAGAGCGGCCUUCACCGUUCCUAGGCCUCCAACUCUGCCUUCCCCCAAACGACGCAUCGCCGACGGCCCGGAGAACCCAUGCUCAGCUGCUGAAUCCGGGCAACAGGAGGAGGUGGAGGCCCCACUAGGUGGCCAUCACCUUCGCCACCGCCAAACGAACGGCAAUGCGCAAGGACAACGAGAAAGCACGUUUGGCGGUGGCGAAGGUGAUGGCCACCUAGUGGGGCCUCCACCUCCUCCUGUUGCCCGGAUUCAGCAGCUGAGCAUGGGUUCUCCGGGCCGUCGGCGAUGCGUCGUUUGGGGGAAGGCAGAGUUGGAGGCCUAGGAACGGUGAAGGCCGCUCUCCUUCUCCCCCGCCCCUUAUCCAAUGGGCUUGCACGGGUGGAUAACGGAACAGCAGGAACGAGUCGAAAUAUGGAUGCACCCCGGUGCAUCGUUUUCGACUAAGAGACGAUACGCGACGGUUUUGGUUCAAGGGCUAGCAAAUCCCUGGUAAGCUACUGCACGGUCCACCGGCUGGACCUUUUCCUUGGGGAAGAGGGGCCGGGGAGUUGAAUUUUUCAGAAAUCCCACCCACCCACCCGUUGUUUGCCAGUUCUCUCGUGCCCAUGCUUCCCAUGGUGACAGAGAGUUCAAUACGGGGGAAGGCAGAGUUGGAGGCCUAGGAACGGUGAAGGCCGCUCUCCUUCUCCCCCGCCCCUUAUCCAAUGGGCUUGCACGGGUGGAUAACGGAACAGCAGGAACGAGUCGAAAUUGCCAGUUUGGAUGUGGUGGUCCGGUACACGUUUGAAUGUGGCAUUAUAGUCUGCUUGUACAGCCGUUUUUUGUUUUUUGAUGAAAAACCCGGCUUGCAUGUUGGACGACCAUGGCGACGUAUAGUAGGUGAAGUACUUACAGACGGGCAACAUGAAAAAUCUGUGUGGUUGCAGAACAGGCAACAUUGCGUCGUGAGUGUAAGAAUGAAAUUAUGCAGGUCGCUCCUGCUAAGUUGAUGCGGAUUUUUACUACUGUACUAGCGCUAGGGCUAGCCUUUUGCUGUGUGUGAAGCAAAAAGCUCAUGUAUUUCAUUUUCGUUCUGUGCAGAGAAUACAGAUUUCGUUAUAUUUGGCCAGAGUAAUUCGUUUUCUGAGAAAAAAAAGAAGAUUGUUACAAAUGAAUAAGAGCAAAAGCAUGAAGAUGUCCCUCUACUUCUCGAGCUGACUUCUGCCCGUGAUGAGUUGUUGUGACAACAUUUUGCAGCUCGGAGAGAUUUCGUUUUGUCUACAACUUCGAGGGCAUUUUCUAUUUCCAUCUACGGAAAGAAGUGAGUUUACUCAGGGGAAAAAAAUGCACCCCACCGACGAGUGGGCGCAUAUAAUUAUAGCUGCUACAAAAAUCCUGGUCUCUCUGGUGGAAACGGG